AUGGCCGGCGCCCUCGCGGUGGCCCGGGCAGGCCGCCGGCGCUGCCUGUUUUAUACGGACUGUUUGGCGUGCGGUGACGUGCGGGAGCGCGCCCGCGACCGCUCGGCGCCCGACCCGGCCAGCGGGGCGGCCAAGGCACGCGGCUCCAGCCGCCGCAACGCCUGGGGGCCGCACAGCUACGCCGACCUGAUCACGCAGGCGAUCCUCUCCACGCCAGAGCAGCGCCUGACCCUGGCCCAGGUGUACGAAUGGAUGGUGGCCAACAUCCCCUGGUUCAAGGACAAGGGAGACAGCACGAGCUCCGCUGGAUGGAAGAACUCAGUGCGACAUAACCUGUCGCUACACACACGUUUUGUCAAGGUGCAGAAUGAAGGCACCGGGAAGUCCUCCUGGUGGACCAUCAACCCGGACGCCAAGACGGGCAAGUGCUCGCGCCGGCGCGCCGCGCUGGAGCCCUCCAAGAGCGGCCGCAAGCGCGGGCGCGCCAAAAAGCGUCCGGAGUACGGUGCGGCGCCCGGCUGCGAGCGGCUGGCAGCCGGCCUCGGCUGGCCGUAUCCAGGUCGGCCGGCGUACCAGCCAGACCGGACGGCCGUGUACCAGCCGGGGAGCGCCGGGUACCAGCCAGAACGCUCCGGGUACCAGCCGGAACGCGCCGGGUACCAGCCGGACCGCACCGCGUACCAGGAGACCGAGUACGGACAGGAGCGGCAGGACGCUUACGAGCAGGGUCGGGCGUCGGAACCGACUGCCGGCGGCAUGAAGUACGAGCCGGGACUGCCGCCGCCGCCCUAUCAUGGCCUCAACGGCUACGGCAUGUACUGCGGCGGCGGCGGGCCGUUCGCGGCCGACGGCCGGAGGACGGGCGCCCUAAUGCCCGGCCCCAGCGGCCACCCCGGCCAAGAGGUGGAGCACCACGGCUACAACGGGCUGCAGGACCCGGCGCUCAGCGCCCUCGAGCUGGACAGCUUCCAGGGCGGUUUCGUCUGCGACGUGGACAACAUCAUCAAGGAAGAGCUGAGCAUGGACGGCAGCCUGGACUUCGCGUUCGGCGGCGGCGGUGGCGGCGGUGCGGCGCAUCAGCGCUCGGUGCGUCUGCCGGCCACCGCCGGCACCGCCCGCUUUCACCCGGUCGACGCCCCGCUAUAGAGGCCGGCCGCUCCGGUAGCAUAUCCCCGUGCGUAGCACCAAGUGCCAUUACGCCUGCUGCCGGCGGCGGCACUGCCGGCCCGCCGAGCACCAGCGCAAGGGCCGAUCACCAGCGGAGCGGGCCGACACCAGCCGCCGCCAGCUCCGCACCACGGUCUGCACAGCGGCCCGCACGGAACCACCGCCUCCACCUUCUGGCUUUUGUCGUGGCCCACUCCCAUCCAUGCAUUUUGGUCGUGAUGGCUGGGAUGACUGUAUGUGGUGUGUGGAAAAGUGAGCUUGUGGCAUAGGUAAACGUAUUUUAGAGAAUUCUCUGUGAGCGCCAUUGCAGAUGGGCUCUUGCCUGCGUAAGCCGGUCUUAUGAUGCCCUCAACGCCAUGACGGAGGAGUAUCGGAGGGGGACAGGGACGAAGCUGAAAACAUUGUUCAGCCGAGGCCCGCUAUACGGCAGGUCCGCCCGCACCAACAUCGCCCGACGAGUGAAGACCCGGUGAUCAGGACACUGGAAUGAGCGCUGGAGGCCGGCGCGCCUACAGCGCGGCGCCGGCUCGGCGGGCCGGUGCUGACCGCCGGCGGGUGG